GUGACAAAUAUUUGACACUGUGCACAAAGAAUAACUGCACAUCCAGAGGGACGAGCACUUCUUCAGGUCACAUGAACCAAAGACCAGAAGCCCAGCGGACCGAAAAGCAGCCCCACCGAGUCUGGCAGGUGGGAAGGUGACUGACUGCGGGAGAAGAAUCAUACCAAGUCUCUGCGUCCCCAAUUUUAUUGCCUUCUUUUUCGGUCUUAACGGAUUCUCUUGGACUGAACGUGAGGUUUCUUUGGUGGAGGGCAUUUCCUCACUCGCUGGAGGCUGGCAGUUGAUAAUAGCAGAAGAUUGCCUGGGUGCUGGGGGGGGGGGAGAAGGGGGAGGGGCGGAGGGGAGAGAGGGGGAGGGAGGGAGAGAGAGAGAGACAGAGACAGAGACAGAGAGACAGAGAGAGAGAGACAGAGAGAGAGAGAGAGAGAGAGAAGGAGAGAGACAGAGACAGAGAAAGAGAGAGAGAGAGACAGAGACAGAGACAGAGACAGAGAGACAGAGAGACAGAGAGACAGAGAGAAGGAGAGAGACAGAGACAGAGACAGAGAGAGAGAGAGACAGAGAGAGAGAGAGAGAGAGAGAGAGAGAGAGAGAGAGAGAGAGAGAGAGAGAGAGAGAGAGAAUGGGGAUUUGGGAUCAGGGUCCCAUCCUGCGGGCGGAGGUAUCAGAAGGUGGGGUUUGAACCAGGUCUUCCUGACUCCAAGGGCCACACCAUCCUCUACAUCAAAGCUGCUUCCCAUCUCAUCUGACAUUAGAACAAAAAGGAAAGAAUUCAAAACCAAACCAAACAAAUUCUUCCUCUCUCUGUUGGAUUCUAAAGUGGAAAUUUUGAUUCACUGUCCAAGAGAAAGAAAGGUUCAAACUGAGGAAAUUCCCUUCCCCUGCUGCUAACAGCCUCCUUGCCCUCUUUCUUGGACUUCUCCGCCCCCGGGACAGCUGACUGCGCUUACAAAGCCUGACACCCAGCCAAGCAGCCAAGUGCUCCAGGACUUUUUCUUACACUUACUCGAAUCCGUCUGGUUCUCUUUUUACUUAGUGACUGACUGCGGGCGUCUUCUCCCACCCCCAUCCUGCCCUCCCUCCCAGCCUCAGUGUGGUUCAGAAAAGAAAAGAAAGCUGUCCUGCAGACCCAGAGCUACAGGAAAGAACCCGCCUCAAGUAAUUUAUUUAGGGAAAAGAAAAGAAAAGAAAAAAGCCUCCGAGGGCUAAAGUCUUCCCCCACACCCUUUUCUCCCCCCCCCCCCCAACCCCUUCCUUCCCCUCCUCCUCCACCUCCUCCUCCAUCUUCUUUGAGCUGCUGAGAUUCUCCCACGUCCAGCCUCUACGCUGAUCAGGAGGAGAAAAGAGCUGUUCUCGGGAAGAUGGCGAGAAGGAGCUGCCACCGUUUUGUCCUCCUGCUGCUGAGCUACCUGGGGGUAGUAUUGGGCUAUCACAAUGCGUAUGGAUUCUCUACCCCAAGAAACCAUCAAGUGGUUACAGCAAUCGAGUUUCAAGAAGCAAUUUUAUCCUGUAAGUACCAAAAGAAAACAUCUCCUUCAAGAUUAGAAUGGAAGAAACUUGGACCCAGUGUCUCCUUUGUCUAUUAUCAGCAAGCUUUUCAAGGUGAUUUUAAGGAUCGAGCCGAGAUGCUCAAUUUUAGCAUCAGAAUUAAAAAUGUGACUAGAAAUGAUGCCGGACAGUACCGCUGUGAAGUUAGUGUACCGUCUGACCAAGGCCAAAACUUAGAAGAGGACAUUAUUACUCUGGAAGUAUUGGUGGCACCUGGUGUUCCAGUAUGUGAAGUCCCUAGCUCAGCUCUGAGUGGAACUGUCGUGGAACUCAAAUGUCAAGACAAACAAGGCUUUCCAGCUCCUGAGUACACUUGGUUCAAGAAUGGUGUUCAUUUACUGGAAAACCCCAAAAGUGGCCACAAAAUCACCAACAUGUCUUACACAAUGAAUAGAAAAACCGGAACUCUGCAAUUUAACAGUGUUUCAAAACUUGACACUGGCGAAUAUUUUUGUGAAGCUCGCAAUUCAGUUGGACAUCACAAGUGUCCUGGGAAACAAAUGCAAGUAGAUGACCUCAAUAUAAACGGUAUCUUAGGAGCUGUAAUAACUGUGGCCUUAUUGAUUUUAUUAUGUGGCCUCGGAGCCUGCUAUGCUCAGAAGAAAGGUUACUUUGCAAAAGAAAACUCCUUUCAGAAGGACAAUUCAGACCCUAAAGCUGCGAUGGGUGAAUGUGUAAGAUUUCAAGCACACGAAGUCCUUUGUCAUUUAGAAGACUCCUUCCUCUGAGAUAUACCCAAACCACUGUUUGUUAAACAAACUAUUAAAAAUGGUCUUAAAAAACUGUGCCUUGUCUUACGUUUGACAAAAGCUACAUCAUGAAAAAAGAAAAACCAUUUUGGCUAAAAUGUUAUCCUGUCCUCCAUUAGUGUUUGAUUUGAAAGGCACAGUCUUGAGCGCUUGACAUCCUGGCAUGGCUCUGUGGGGCUCUUAUGUCUCUCUGCUAGUCUUGUGUGUGCGUUUCUGGACUUUUUUGAGCAGUCGUGCCGCCUCCCUCGCCUCCCUUAGGGAUCUGUCAGUUUCUGAAACAAGCAUUGAAAUAGACCUCACUGCAGGCGAACCACCUAUGGACAGCAGACUCAGCAUCACCUGCCUUCUUCUAAGCACCAGGCUGGGGCACCAGGACGCACACAGAACUAAAGAGCCUGUUUGAACACGGAUCUGCCCAUGUCAAUCCUGCUUUGCUCUCUCCCAACAUAAGCCAAUUCAUGCAGAAACAUUUGCCCAAAUUCCCUACAUUUGCUUUUGUUUCUCUGCUUUACAACAAAAAGGAAUUUGCAUCAAAGCAAGACAUGCAUGUUGUGUGUGACAUCCUUCACCAGGCUCAAAGUGGAAAAGACAGCCAGUGGCUGCCUAACCACGGACAAGCCUUUCUGAUUCUCAAUCUGGGGACAGUCAUUAGGGCAUGACUUAAUGCAUAGGGUUGGUGUAAUAAACGAGAUCCUAUUUGGGUUUUUUCCUAAAUCCUUCUCUGUCUUAGACCCUAAGGGCGAGGCAAUGGGGGAUACGUGACUUGCCCAGGGUCACCCAGCUAGGAUGUGUCUGAAAUUACAUUUGAACCCAGCACCUCCUGUCUCCAUGCCUGGCUCUCUAUUCCUGCCCCAAUCUUCAGUCUUGAUUAAGUCGUACUUAUUGUUCUUUCCAUUGUUGUGAUCAUGUUGUUUUCCAGACUUUCCUUUCUUUGCUUGACAUUGCUUUAUAUGUCUUAUGUCUCUUGUAGUCUUCAUUUUGGUCAUUUCAUAAUAUUCUGUAAUAAUACUAGUCCAUAGCAUUCAUGUCUCUGAAUGUAUUUAGCCAUGACUCAAUCAGUGGGCAUGUGCUUUGUUUCCAAUUCUUUGUGGCCAUAAGAAGUGCUACUAUAGAUAUUUUGAUUACGUGAAAUCUUUUUUAUUUUUCUUUAUAAUGGCCUCUUUUUGGUGGAUACUUAUCAGUGAAAUUUCUAGGUUAAAGGGCAUGAACAUUUGAGUUGCCUUUUUUGUGUGUGCAAAAUUCCAAAUUAUUUUCCAGAAUGGCUAUAUCACUUACAGUCCUACAUUAUAUUAUGUCCUUCCAUCAUCCCAACAACACUGAUUGUUCCUAUCUUUUUUCACCUUUAAUUUUCUGGGUGUGAAGUAAAACCUUUUAUUCUGAUGUGCAUAUUCCUUUAUGUGGUUGUUCACUGUUUCCAAUUAUUCUUUAGAGAACUAUUUCUUCAUAACCUUUGACCAAUUUCUCGAUGGAGGAAUGAGUUUUGGACAUAUAUUUCUACUAUAUUUGAUACAAAUAUUUUCCCCUAUUGAUCACUUUUCUCUUCAUUCUAGAUGUGUUUGUUCCAUAUCAGAAUUUUGUAAUUUUAUUUCAUUAUAAUAAUCUUUUACUUUUUGUAACUUUCUUAAUCCCUUAUUUUUAUUAAGAAUACAUGCUCAUAGUUAGGAAAAGCAUAUAUUUUUCUCUUCCAAAAAUUUUAAUGGAAUUAUCUUUAAAUUCAAAUGACAUAACUAAUUUGAAUUUUUGUGGAAUAGGGCAUAAAAUGCUGGUCUAAAUUUAAUUCUAUUAGACUGCUUGCUAGUUUUCCCAGCAUUUCAUAUCAUAUAAGAAAUAAGCAAUGUAUGUUUUCAGGUUUAUUGAACCUGGAUUAUUGAAUUCAAUGGUUUCUUCUUCUUUGUCCAAACUUUCUUAUCAUUCUAUUUUUCUAUUUUGUAAAAUAGUACUAAAUGUUUUUUUGACAAUUGCUGCUUGAUAAAAAAAGUUUAGCAAGU